CUGUAACUUAAUGUAAGCUGUAAUAGAAAAAAAGCAAAAAAAUGUCCUCAGCUCCAUUAAUUUCUGCUUCCUCCACACUUGAUCCAUCUCACGCCGACACUGUCCCGAUCACAGAUAUUCCGGGCAGCUACGGCCUCCCCUUUCUGGGCCCCAUCUUUGACCGCUACGAUUACUACUACAACCAAGGCGAGGUUCAGUUCUUCCAAAGCCGGAAGGACAAGUAUCAGUCAACGGUGUUCCGGAGCAAUAUGCCGCCGGGACCGUUCAUGGCCGGAAACUCAAGAGUCGUCGUACUCCUCGACAACACCAGCUUCCCCGUCCUCUUCGACGUCUCCAAGGUCGAGAAGAGAGACGUCUUCGAGGGCACUUACAUGGCUUCCACCAAGUUCACGGGCGGCCACCGGAUGUGCGCAUUUCUUGACCCGUCGGAGCCCAAGCACGCCGCCUUGAAAGGCUUCUUCCUCUCCACGCUGGCGAAGCUAAAGAACAAGGUUGUCCCACAGUUCACCGCUGUUUACUCCGGCCUCUUCACUGACUUGGAAGAGCAGGUUAAAGUCAACGGCCGGUCAGUUUUCAAUGACCUCAACGAUAACAGGGCAGUGAAGUACUUAUUCAGGCUUUACUGCGACGGGAAAAGCCCCGCCGCCACCAAGCUCGGCGGCGGCGGCAAUAAGAGCUUCGAUACGUGGCUUGUUCCUCAGCUGGCGCCGCUCAUGACGCUGGGAAUAAAAUAGGUUCCCAACUUUGUGGAGGAUUUAGCCCUCCACACUUUUCCUAUCCCGUUCUGUAUCGUGAAAUCGGCGUACAAUAAGAUAUACGACUCGUUUUAUGAAAGUAUGGGACGGGAUAUUCUUGACGACGCCGAGAAAGCCGGGGUUGAGAGGGAAGAGGCGUGUCAUAACGUUAUUUUCGUCAUCGGCUUUAACUCAUACGGCGGUUUCAAAGUCUUCUUUCCGGCGCUGUUCAAGUGGGUCGGAGCGGCCGGACCCGGGUUGCACAAACAGUUGGUUAGUGAGGUCAGAAGGGUCGUUGACCAAGAAGGUGGCCUGACCGCCGCAGCUCUGGAGAAAAUGCCGCUGACCAAGUCGGUGGUGUGGGAGGCUCUCAGGAUCGAGCCGCCGGUGGCGUUCCAGUACGGCAAGGCCAAACGGGAUCUCAUAGUCCGUAGCAGCGACAACAAGUCCUAUUUGAUAAAGAAAGACGAAAUGAUAUUCGGGUACCAACCCUUUGCGACGAGGGACGAACUAGUUUUCAAGAACACCGGCGAGUUUGUGCCGGACCGUUUCGUCGGCGACGAGGGCCAGAAACUGGUACGGAACGUGUAUUGGUCUAACGGAAGAGAGACCGACACACCGGCGGUCAACGACAAGCAGUGUCCUGGGAAGGACUUCGUCGUCUUGCUUUCUCGCUUGCUGUUGGCCCAAUUCUUCCUGCGGUAUGACACGUUUACCUGCGAUUCGGAGAAGUUCUUAUUGGGCUCUAAGGUCACGUUCACAUCGUUGACCAAAGCAACCUCGUCAAAGUAAAGUUUUAUCAGAUGCAUGUUCUUGAUGGCCGGAUUGCACGUGGCAGAAGAAGGAGGGAGCUUGGUGGUAAUAAACAAAGCCAGCGGUUUUUAGUAAUAUGUUGUAGUGGGAAAAUAAAAAGGGUUUUCUUUCAUUCUAUCUUUUACUUUUGAAAAGUCAGGAAACCCCUUAAAUAAAAUAAAAUAAGAAUAAUGUUCACGAUCUGUAGUUUUAUUCUCAAAAUAGAACGCAUUCAUUCUUAUUUUGAAUCUUAUAUCUAUUUUUUCUAUUGGUGAACUUUUAUUGAGCUCGU